UUUGCUCUAGUUUUGAAGCCUCGGGCUGCUGGGUGUGUGAGUGACAAGUCUUUUACAAGUGGCCUUAUUCCAACUCCAGAGAUUCCUCAAGCAGAUUCUAAUUUUAUAUACAACCCUCAGGAGACAGGAAACAUGCCAACCCAAUCCCUCUUGGUGUAUAUGGAUGGACCGGAAGUUAUCGGCAAUUCCCUUGGCACCCAAAUGGAGCUGGAUGACGCCGUGACGAUCAAAGGGGCCGCCGCGGUCCCCUUCCGAGCCACGCCGGAGAAGAGCAUCAUCCAGAUGGAGGGGUGCAUGCCCCUGGACUGCAUGUUCUGCAGUCAGACCUUCACGCGCUCCGAGGACCUCAGCAAACACGUCCUCCUGCAGCACCGGCCCACCCUCUGUGAGCCCGCCGUCCUGCGCGUGGAAGCCGAGUACCGCAGCCCUCUGGAUAAAGGGCAGGCGCGCAGCGAGCCGCCCAAGGACACGAGCUGCAAGGACAGCGAGGAGCUGAGCUGCGAGGUGUGCGGGCAGACCUUCCGCGUGGCCUUCGACGUGGAGAUCCACAUGAAGAAGCACAAGGACUCGUUCACCUACGGGUGCCACAUGUGCGGCCGGCGGUUCAAGGAGCCCUGGUUUCUGAAGAAUCACAUGCGGACGCACACGGGCAAGUCGGGGGCGAAGAGCAGGCCGCAGCCUGGCCUGGAGAGCCCGGCGACCAUCAACGAGGUGGUGCAGGAGCCCGCGGCCGAGGGCGUCUCCUCGCCCUACAAGAUCUGCAUGGUCUGCGGCUUUCUCUUUCCAAAUAAAGAAAGUCUCAUCGAUCACCGGAAGAUGCACACCAAAGACGCUGCUUCCGGGCCCCGCGGCCCGCAGACCGAAGUCCCGACGGAAGGCAUGCCGUCGCCGGGGGCGGAGCUGCUGCAGUUCCUGAACCUGAGACCCGCGUCCCCCGCCGAGAUCGCCAAGAAGCCAGCCAAGUGGAUACCUCAGCUGGACCCGUUCACCACCUACCAGGCCUGGCAGCUGGCUACCAAGGGCAAGGUGGCCGUGUGCCGAGAGGUGAAGGAGCAGCAGCCGGGCCAGGAGGGCAGCACGGACAACGACGAGUCGUGCUCCGACAAGGAGGAGACGAGUAAAGGCGGCUGCCCCGGCCUCUCCCAAGACAAGGAGAAGUCCAGACACCCCCACGGCGAAGUGCCUUCCGUGGACGCGGACCCCAAGCUGGCCAGCAGUAAGGAGAAGCCGACGCACUGCGCUGAGUGCGGCAAAGCCUUCCGGACCUACCACCAGCUGGUGCUGCACUCGCGCGUACACAAGAAGGAGCGCAGGGCCGGCGCCGGCUCGCCCCCCGCGGCCGCGGACGGCAGGCAGCCCAGGACGUGCUCCCCGGAGCUGCCGCCCGCCCUGGAGGACAGCGGGGCCCUGGACCGGGAGGCUGGCUCUGAAGACGGCUCCGAAGACGGGCUACCGGACGGGCUCCACCUGGAUAAAAAUGAUGAUGGAGGGAAAAUGAAGCAUCUUACAUCCUCAAGAGAAUGUAGUUAUUGUGGAAAGUUUUUCCGUUCAAAUUAUUACCUCAAUAUUCAUCUCAGAACGCAUACAGGUGAAAAACCAUACAAAUGUGAAUUCUGUGACUAUGCUGCAGCGCAGAAGACCUCCUUGCGGUAUCACCUGGAGAGACAUCACAAGGACAAGCAGACGGACGCCGCCGCAGACGGCAAGAGCGACGGGAGACCUCAGGAGGCCGAGGAUGCACUCCUAACCGCCGACAGCGCGCAAACCAAAAAUUUGAAAAGAUGUUUCGACGGUGCCAAAGAUGUUAAAGGCAGCCCACCCGCAAAGCAACUGAAGGGGAUGGCCCCCGCCUCUCAGAGCAUCCUGGGCAGCGCAGUGCUCGCGCCAGUGCACAGGGAAACUCAGGAUUUCAGCAAGGAUGCAGCGGAUGACAGUGCCGAGAAGCCGAGCAAGGCCCCCGGGCCCGCUUGCUUGGACGCCUUGAAGAAGAGGCUGCCUGCGGACCCUCAGGCCGGCCCCCUGGGGUGCAGGACAGAGGCGGCCGCGGCGGCCCGCCACGCGCAGCUCGGGCCCCGGGAGACGCGGGCGGAUGUGGGCUGCCAGGAGAAGCCCCUGAACCUGUCCCUCGGCGCCCCGCACGGGGGCGCGGGGGUGCCUCUGGGCAGGAGCGUGACCGCCAGCAGUACCUGCCCGUUCUGCACCUUCAAGACCUUCUACCCGGAGGUGCUCACGAUGCACCAGAGGCUGGAGCACAAGUACCACCCCGACGCGCACAAGAGCUGCCGGGGCAGGGCUGUGCUUCGCAGCCGGCGGACCGGCUGCCCGCCGUUCCUGCUGGGCAAGGACGUGCCCCCGCUGCCCGGCGCCUUCAGGCCUAAGCCGCGGCCGGUCGCCCCGGCACAGCCCAAGCCCGCGCCGGCUGAGAGACCUGCGUCCGGUGCCCAGGGGUCCGGCAGAGCUCCGCCGCCUGCGGGCGCCGACGCCAGCACUUUAGCCCCCAGCAACCUCAAGGCGCUGAAUGCCCGGCCACCGCCAGGCCUUGGGGUUCCGGGGCCCGGCCCCGCUCGCACACCGCCCGAAGCGCCGCCCUGCAAGGCGGGCCCGGAGAAGACGCGUCGGCCCGAGCCGCAGCCCCCCGCCGACGCUGCCAGGAGCGACCACCCUGCCAGGAGUGACGGCCCUUGGGCGCCCGCGCGGGACUACGCGUGCGGCCGCAGCGGCGCUGAGCUCGGGGAGCCGCUGCCCAAGCGGCCGCGGGUCGCGCCCGAGCCGCCCUGCACGCCGUGCCGCCGGCCGCCCGAGCUUCCGCAGUACCGCGUGGUGCGCGGGCUGGCGUCCCUGCUGCCGCCCGAGUGCGCCUGCGCGCCCCCCGCGCGCCCGCGGCCCGCGCCCGGGCCCGCCUUUGCCGCCUUGCUGCCCUGCGCGCCCGGCGCCGCCGCAGCCGCUGCGCUAGAAGGAAAAAGGCCUGUAUCCUAUCAACACUUAUCUAGCAGCAUGCUGCAAAAGAGGAACUAUGAGAAUUUUAUUGGGAACGCACAUUAUCGACCAAAUGACAAAAAAACUUGAUUUCCUAUUUUGGGGAUGAAAGGUCUUGAUGGAUAUAAAUGUGUACUCUCCAUGAAAUUAAAUUAGUUCAUCCUUUGAAAAAGCAGAUGUUGAAAGCUACUGAAAUAAGCUGUGAUUGUACUGUGUAUAUAACACAUAAAGGAACACUACGGUUUUGUAAAGUUGUUCUGUUAACUUUUGUACCAAAUAGCAAUAAAGACUAUAGUUGGAAUUUGGGUUGUACACAAAUGGAGACUGGACAUCAUCUCUAUUUUGCCCCAAAUAAUAUGUUUUUUAGAAUUGACCAAAUAAAAAAUGGAGGUUUUUUUUUUUUUUUUUUGCAUACUUGAGCGCUGCUGAAAAGAAAUCAUUUGGGUUAGGGGGUGGGGUGGGGAGAAAGUAUAUAACGCUUGCACCUCAGGUAAAAAAUUUUGUAAAUAUAUGUUGUAAACCUGCUUGUUUAAAUACUGUGUGUAUUCUUUUCCUCUAAUGUUGCUCAUCACUUUGAGCACAUUUCUGCUAUUUGUCCUCUUUCAUCUAAAAUGUGCGGUUUUUGUUUUUUAAUCUCAGUGAUUUGUAUUAUGUUAAACCCUCCACAGUCUCUUGUCUGAAUGGAAACAUCGACCCCCUGAAUAUGUGCUGCUUGUCCUAAGAUCAGCCUUUCUCUAGUUGGUGCCCUCUUAUUACAAAUUUUGGUAGGUCGUCUGAGGAAGACCCAGACCCAGAAUCCUCUUCUCAGGGGAUUGGCGGGGGGAUUUUUAAGUGUGUGUAUCUAUAGAGAAGCAUUUCCUCUAGGCCAGCCACACACUCAGUAAACAUACCAAAUUGUAUGUGGAGUUACUUAGUUUUCUAUCAAAUGAAUCAUUUUUGUUGGAAAAUUCUGGCGUUUGCCUGAAUUAGUUAUAUAAAAAUAUAAAGGCUAAAUUAUACAUGUGAAUUACAUAUAUUGGAAGCAGUUUUAAAAGAAAUGAAAGCUGAGGGGUAAAUUUUAGGUUUGCAUCUGGUAGUCUCCGUGUGUCUGGCACUUGGGUUGACUGUGGACACACUCCGGUUAAUUACAGACACAUGGAUCAUGCAGGAGUGCUGACUGAGGCUCCUGGUACUCCGGGGAGUUCCCUGGUCUGGAGACCUCGGCAUCUUCCCAUUUUUGGUGGUUUGGAGGCAGCACUAUUUUCUCAGUGUACAGGACAGUUUGGGUUUUAAAGAGAGACUGGCCACCAGCUGGCUUACUAAAUGUUUUAUUACACUUCUGUUCCCUUAAUCCACUGUCCAUGGCUGACUGUUACAGGCAGCACCUGGGUUUAGUGACCACAACAUACUUUAUUAAGAAAACUGUUUCAAAAAUAAAUUUGCACUGUUAAUUUUUAUUGCCUUGCCCUUCUCCAUUAGAACAAGGGUAAUGUCCUCAAAAGAAUCCUGACUUUUUUGUUUGUUCUCAUUAUGCAACACGACGCUCACUUGAUAGAAAAGUCUUAACUCCCAAGUGAGAAGGGAGACCUACCCUGAGCUGACCCUGCUGGCAUCGUGAUGAAGUGCUUUUUAUCAGGAAAGUGUACACUAUUGACCUUUCUUUCUGUUCACAAGCUGAGCCAUAUGUACAUAAUCUAGAUUUUUGUUUUCCUAGUUUUGCACUUUUAUAGCCUAUUUUUGAAGAUUAACACAUUGAGAAAGAUGAUUGACAUGAUCCUUACCUAAUCCAAUAAGUGUUACAGAAAGCUUGCUGUGACGAUAAAUAUAAAUCUUAAAAGGGGAUAAACACGAUGAUAGAGGGCUGAAAUUUAAAUCUGUAUUUAAAAAAAAAAAUCACCAAAUCUAUUUGAAAACAAGUCAAUUCACGUUAUGCUGAAAUCUGGGUACCUUUCUGAUUUCUCCUUUUUAGCCACAUUUCUGAAUCCUUAAAAAUACAGUUUUAUUUUUCUUUCCACAGCCCUUGUACUCCAAAAUGUUUUUUUUUUUCCUUUUUUUUGUCCAUCAGUAUUAACUAUUGGGAUACUACUGGUUUUGUAUGUUCUUUUCCCUUUGAGACAACAGUACAUAUACUAGAGGUACAAUCUGUUGGAUUUUUGUUUAUGUAUUUAUUUCAUUCCAGUUUGAUUUAUUUUAAUUGUUGAUACUUAAGUUGUCAAACAGUAGACAUUACUUGUUUUAUUUAUGAUAUAUUUCAGCUUAAAGUUAUGUUAUUAUAUGUGGAUGUAAAUAUAGAUUUGGUGUUUUGCAGU